UUCCAGGACCCUGGAACCUGGUGGACAUCUCCUGGAGACAUGCCGACGUUUGGUCUCAGUAGCCAUGCCCAAAGUCUCAAAGGACGUGGUGUACCCCCUGGGGGCAGAGGAGUCCAGCAUGACGCGGGCUGCAGUCCGCAGCAUGGGGGCAUUUAGCCUGGGCUUGUCCUUGGCCACAGCCUACGGUCUCCUGGAGCUGCUGGUAGAAGGACAUAGCCCCUGGGGCUGCCUGGUGGGCACCCUCACUCUGGCCACCUUCCUCAGCCUGGGCAUGGGAUUCUCCCGCCAGGUCCGGGUCACUGUCUUCCUGCUGCUGCCUCAGGCAUUCUCCAAGCACGGCCGGACACUGCUGUUGGUGGCUGCCUUUGGGUUGGUGCUUCAAGGACCUUGUGCCAACAUGCUGCGCAACUUCACACAGGCCAGCGAGGCUGUGGCCUGUGGGGCCGAACUGGCCUUGAACCAGACUGCGGAAGUGCUGGAGCGGGCCAAGCAGCCUCUUGUCAGUGCUCUGAGCAAGAUUAAAGCCAUUGCCCAGAAGACCAAAGCGGUGGCUGACCGGAUACGCAAGUUCUUUCGGUCAAUCAUGGAUGGUGUGAAGCAUAUAGCCAGGGCCCUGAGGAACGUGUGGUAUUGGCUCCUGCAUAUCGGCGAUGUGUGCAACUCAGAGCUAGGCAACCCGUACGUGAAGUGUGCACAUGUCUUCGAAAAUGCCAAGGACAACUGCAUGAUGCUUAUACCACGUGCCCACCACCUGUGCUAUGUGUUCAUGCCCUUCAAGCUAGUGCUCUGUGGACUCGCCAGUGUGGUUCAGGUGUUCUGUGUCAUCCCCAAGUACAUCCAACCCUUCUUACGCAAGACCCUGGGCACCCCCGUGAUGAAGUUAAUUAACCGAGUACGACAGGAGUUUGAGUUCAACGUGACAGUUGCCCACCACUUCUCUGUGGAUCUCAACGCCUCCCGGAGCUUGUCCCAGGUGGCUCUGGACCUCAAGGAAGCUGUCACCCUGAAGCUGUACCACGUCCGAGAGGCCCUGGCUCUGAUGGGCUACACCACACCUCUGCUGCUCACGAUUCUCUACCUUCAAGCUCUGCUCUACCGGUACUGUUACCUGAACUGGAUCAGUUACGACAACGUCUACAUCACCAGCCGAUUCCUGCACAUGGAGGCUGUCCGCUCCAGGGCAGGACUGCCCACGGUGCUGCCACUCAGUGCCCACGAGGCCAGGCACUACAUCCAGCCGGGAGCCCCGGACGUCCAGAGAGAGGGAAGCAUAGAUGGGGAGUGGAUGCCAACCAAGGGAUGUGUGGACAUGUUCACAUGGAGAAGCAGCCUGGGGGGCAGGGGGUCAGGAUGCCCCAGGAGGGAUGGUCCCUCCAGCCUCAGAGCUCCUGCCCACCCUUGCCCAGAAGUCAUGACAGCUUCCACAGCAGGUUCCAUCUUCCUGUCCCGGUGGGAACAGAUAUUUUAUGUCUUGGCAAUCUUCAACCUUGUCCGACACCUCCUCCUCGUGCUGCUCCUGGUCUUCCUGGAUUAUGCCGUCUUCUGGGUGCUGGACUUGGCACGGCACCAGCUGCAGGGGGAGAUUGUGGCCCGCAGCCCCGUGUUAGUAUCCAUAACUGUGGAAGGCACCGGCUAUACUGGGAAUGUUUACCGUGAUCUGGUGUCAGCGUUCGACGUCCUGCAGCAGAGCAAUAUCAGUAUCUUGUCCCAGCGCUGCCUCCUGCGCCCCUCUGAGCCCAAUAGCACCGGUUAUAUCGUCAUUGGCAUCAUGUACGGCCUCUGCUUCUUCGUCACGCUCUUCGGCAGCUAUGUCAGUAGGCUGCGGCGGGUCAUCUGUGCCUCCUACUACCCAUCCCAGGAACAGGAGAGGAUCUCCUACCUCUACGAUUUACUUCUGAGCCGCCGGAGCAGUCCGCUGGCUGCUCUGCACCGAACCGUGAGGCGGCGGGCAGCUGACCAGGGCCACACAAGUGUCCUCCAGGAGCUGGCCACACGGUUCUCCUGCCUGAAUCCGGUUGUCAGCCACUUUUGGCAGCACCAGGACUACUGCCUGGGCUGCGGGCAGCCCCACGCCCAGGAGGACACAGAGAACUUUGUGUCCUGCAGUACUCCAGGCUGCCAAGGUCUCUUCUGCCCCACCUGCUUCCGUCUCCUGCACAACACCUGCUCGGUGUGUGCAGCUCCCCUCUCCCACCAGGGAGACCUGGAUCUGGAGCUGGACUCCAGUGACGAGGAAGGCCCCCGCCUAUGGCUGGCAGCCGCCCGAAGAAAGGACCGGGAGCAGGAGCAGUUACUGCGCAGGCAGCUGCAGGAGGCCCUGGGCAAGACCCUCUCUUCUGAACCUAUCCCCAAGGUAAGUGACCUGGAUGAGAAGGGCUGUUGGCAGAGGACACACAGGUGGCGCCCACCUGGGGUCCAGUCUCUCAGGAUUCCCAUGCCCCCUGGCCCCACAGAUGACCUCAGAAAUCCUCUGCUCCCAGUUCAGGAGCCCAGCCUCUCAGCUUCUAAUCUCCCUGCUCCUGAUCCCUCCCACCCACCCCCAAAAUAAAGGAACCGAAG